CCAUCUGCUCUGACAAGAACAAUGCUGAUGAUGAGUUUGAGAUUCAAGAUGACUUGCACCAACGGCCUGCCGAUGGUGAUACUUCCUUGGAGAAAAUACUCCGUAACAUUGGGGUUCUUCAGUCACAAGUUAUCCAGCUUAAAACUAGACUUGACAAGGUAACAAGUGAGAACGCUGGAGUGCUCUCAAGCACUGAUGACUUGAAAUCACUUCUACCAUGUAAUGCUUUGGCCAGCUCAGCUCGAAGUUCUGCCUCUCUUCCGGACAAUCGGGUCAAAAUGCCAGUAGAAUCUUGUGAUGUUGUAUCACAGCUGAUAUCUGAGUAUAAUAUGACUGUGCCUGUCAGUGCAGCUUCAAGCCGUGGAAAAGCGGUGAACAUCUCUGAUAUGAAUGAAAGCAAAGACCGUUCCUUUCUUUUGGAUACAAACGCCAAUCCUGAAGAUGGUGUUCUAAUCUACUAUCAAAGAAUGAAGGAAGAGAUGACUAAUUUUGAGGAAUUCAAGAUUCAUUCUGUGGAAAAGCCUCAGGUUUUAGAGACAGUGCAGAAGGGUACUGUCCCAACCAGUCCCCCAGAUCCAGAUCUUGCCCUGGAUGAUCAACCAGCUCCAAAAAUUCGUUCUAUUUCCAGGCUUACUGCCCCUAAGAGCAAGAAGAAGAAGGCUCGACGGAGAGCUGGUAGAAGGAAUUACUGAUCUUCAGCUUAGCUUUCGUGAUUGCAGUAUAUAUCUGAUUGAGUGAUCUAGUAGAAGGUGAUUGAAGUUGAUUUCAAAUCGUCACUUCUCUUUGGACAUAAAACGAACAUGUAAAUUCGACUUGAAUCUCAACUGUCCUGUAAAUGCACCAAAACAACGAUAACUAUUCCUCAAUCUGAAGUUACAUUUUUCAGGUAAAUAACGUAGUCAAAUGCCUCAAGAAACAGCAGGAUUGAGUUUGAUUUGCUUA